AUGCGGGCCAGUAGCGGCUCAAAGCGACGGCCUGCAUCGCGCUCCCCCUCCCCCACUCCGCGCGAGGGUGCGGCGGCAGUCACUGUUCGUCGCGCAACCGGGAGUGCGCAGCGCGAGAAAGAGUCCGAGAAACUACGCGGUAAAUCAGCUUCACGAAAGCGAUCUCCGAGUGCGCGUGGGGGCGGAAGCGCGCAGCGGAAGCAAAAAGGUAGACCCAACCGCGGUACUGCGGCUCGUCCCAUCUCACCUGCCCGUGGGGCAGCAGGCGGGGGGAAUAAGGGCGUGGGAAGCGCUGGACGGCCAAAGGGGGGCGUCUCUCGUGUCACGGUGGACGUGUCCGUUGCCCGCCUGCAAAAAUGGUUCCGUGUGUUGAUUUUGCGAGGCGUCAUAAAGCGCAGGGGCCUCUUGGCCGAAAGGAUUAGUGACUCUCUCCAUGUGCAGCAGCGUCUUUGGGAACUUCGUGUGCGUAGGGCAAAACGUCUCCUGUCCGAGGCGUUUAACGCAUGUGCCCUGCGUCUUCGUGGUGGUUUGGAGACGACGGAUACGAAAGGGAACGAGCCUGCAGUGAACUUGGUGAACGCCUUUAUACGUGCAAAGAGGGAUAUUCUUUGGCGGACCCAACAGUUGCAGAGAAGUUGGCAGCAGGCGGUGAGAGUUAUUGAAAGAGCGUGGAUAAAAUCUGCCUUCUUCUGUCAUAUUCAACAAAUUUAUCUGGAGCGUAAAAGGCAGCGACUUGUUAUUCAGCAAGAGGCGAUUGAAAGGCGUGAUUACAUUAGGCAGCGGUUGCUAUUUCUUGUAGAGUGCCAUCAACGGUGUUACAACCAUCCUUUGUUGCUGGAGGCAGGAGCUGCCGUGCGGAAACUGGAGUGGUGGGAGCGUGUCGUGAUGGAGAGCUCUGGAAGUUGUACGGAAAGGAAUUUUUCUGCCGCAGCGUUGAAUGAUGAGGCUCUGGGGGAAGUAUCCCCAGUUCCAGAGCGUAAAACUUCUAUCGUUGUGCCAUCGUCACACCCCCGCACGUCCUCGCUGGUUACCGCGCCGCGGUACUUUGUGUGCCCGGAUGCUUCUCAAAAUGUGUGCUGGGCCAAUGCGGGGAAGGAAGAAGAGCCCAUAGCUCCUACGACGCAUGCGCCCUCCACCAAGCAUCGCUUCUAUGUACGAGCUGACACGGCCUUCGUGAAUGGCCUCUUGCAGGAGAUGGGGCAGUUGGCUUUUCCAACCUCAAUGGGUUUGCGCCCAAAGGCUCUUGUGUCAACUCGAAAUUCCUUGGACAAUGUUGUCGCCACCGCGUGUACGGCGCGUGUACAGAACACCGAGCACGCCUCCGAGCUUGUGGAUGGCCAACUUGUGUGGGUCGGGGGAUCCCUCUUGCGCGCGUGCCUGCAGCCGCUGCCGCUUUUUCAAGAACUCUGCCUGUGGUUUCGCUCCAGGGAACUUGCGGAGCGAAAAAAAGGGCAGACAGCAUCGUCGUGGUGCGCCGCUGGCGAUGCUGUCAGCGCGUCCUUUAUCCACCCUGUGCCGCGGAAAAGGGGCCGGGAAAAGAAUCUGGCGCCAAUGGACCUCAGUGUGAGCGUGUCAUCGAUGGGGAAGGCGUGGGCCGACUUCUACCUCUUCCUGGACCUCACAGCGGAUGGGCUGAGCUCCGCUUCGUGCAGCACCAGCACCUCUGCCGCCUGCUCGCUGCCGUCGCAGGCACCCUACCGAAGGAGCAGGGGAUAUUUCUACUCCCGGAGUCGAGGUCGGGUCUCGCUAGACACUCUUGUAGCGGCACGAGAAGCUUCAGAGGCACCGGUGUCAAGGAAAUCGUCCACGCCCACCCCACCUUGUACAGGAGAGGCCCCAGCGAUACUAUCUUCAAAGAAGUUUCUUGGAAGUGAAUUUGACGUCAAGUAUGAAAUUGAGCGCCUCUUUGUGCGCGAGUGUCAUCGGCGAGCAAAACUGCAGGACGAGUACAAUGCCGAGGUGGUUGCUUUGGGCUGGAUUAUUCAUAGAGAGCAGUUGACAACGGUGAAUGCUGGAGGGGCCAAGAUGACAGACAAAAAGCAGUCAUUCCAAAAGGCGGAUGCGUCUCGCUCUUAG